UGACGGUACUGUUUUGUUUGUCAGCAGUGUCAGCGCCCGUUGUGGUUAUAUAUUUUGUGUUGCUCUUAUGGUGGUUAUAUUAUUUGAUAGUUACAUUCCCUUUUCCAUAUAAUUUUGGCGAGAAUACAGCAAAAAUGUCUUUAGCAGAUGAGCUACUAGCGGAUCUAGAGGAUAACGAUCAUGAUGAUAUAGAAGAUGAAUUGGCUACGGAUGAUGGAACUCCUGAUAUUCAGGAAGAAAAGCCAGACAUCAAAGACUUGAUGAUGGAUGUGGAUACUACACAAAUUAUGUCCGUAAGAGACCUUUGUAAACUUAGAGACUCCGAAAAAUUGAGGAACAUAAUGGAGCAGAUACAAGAUUAUGCCAUGAAAUCCCGAAGAGCCAUAGAUAUCAUAGGACCUGUAGAGCAAGACCCUGAAUACCAGCUUAUUGUAGAGGCAAAUAAUCUGGCACAAGAUGUGGAUAAUGAAAUCCUUGCUGUUCACAAAUUUGUCAGAGAUAAAUAUUCUAAACGAUUUCCAGAACUUGAGUCUCUAGUAGUAAAUCCAUUGGAAUAUGUACGUACAGUCAAAGAACUGGGUAAUGACUUGGACCAAGCAAAAAACAAUGAAAUAUUGCAACAAUUCUUGACCCAAGCAACAAUUAUGGUUGUGUCAGUGACAGCCUCUACAACGCAAGGAACAAUGCUGUCAAAAGAAGAAAAACAACAAAUAGAUGAAGCAUGUGAUAUGGCAAUGGAGCUUAAUAACUUCAAGCUGAGAAUCUAUGAGUGCUUCUAUUGCAGCUAAAAUCAUGGGUGUGGCAGGUGGUUUGACUAGAUUAUCAAAAAUUCCUGCAUGCAAUGUAUUGCUUUUGGGCCAGCAGAAAAAGUCUCUGUCAGGUUUCUCCCAAACAACAAUGAUACCACAUACUGGGUUUAUUUAUUAUUCUGAGAUUGUACAGAAUACGGCACCAGAUCUUAAAAGAAAAGCAACUCGUCUAGUAGCAACCAAAUCGACUUUGGCAGCAAGGGUAGAUGCUUGUCACGAAGCUCCAGAUGGUUCAAUUGGAAGGAGAUUCAGGGAUGAAAUUGAAAGGAAACUGGACAAACUGCAAGAACCGCCACCAGUGAAGUUUGUGAAGCCACUGCCAAAGCCUAUCGAUCAAUCGAAGAAGAAAAGAGGUGGUAAAAGGGUGAGAAAAAUGAAGGAGAGAUAUGCUUUGACUGAAUUCAGAAAGCAAGCAAACAGGAUGAACUUUGCAGAUAUUGAAGAUGACGCAUAUCAAGAGGACUUAGGCUACACUAGAGGCACAAUAGGCAAAACUGGUACUGGAAGAAUUAGGUUACCUCAAGUGGAUGAGAAGACAAAAGUGAGGAUAUCGAAAACUCUUCAAAAGAAUUUACAGAAGCAACAGAUUUGGGGAGGUAGCACUACAGUAAAGAAACAGAUCUCUGGCACAGCUUCCAGUGUGGCGUUCACGCCGUUACAGGGACUGGAAAUUGUGAAUCCGCAAGCAGCUGAAGUGAAAGUGAAUGAAGCAAAUGCAAAGUAUUUCUCAAACACUUCAGGAUUUUUGAAGGUGGAUAAGAAAGAUUGAAAUUCUUAUUUGUAAUCAACUUAUGAGUACAGUGAAUAAUGUCUGAUUAGGUGUAUUGUAAUGAAUGUAUAAUAAUUAAAGUUAUGGAAUUUCCAGUUUGCAACUUUUUACUCUUAGGCACUGUUUGCUCCAAAAGCAACCCAUGGAUACUAUUACUCGAGAAGAUAAACCCACGUGCAUACAAACAGUCUUAUCUCUUGGCACGCGCGGCCUCAGUCGGUGACUAAAAUUUCCAGAGAAUAUUUAUUAAUAUAUUUAAUUAUACUCUACCAACUGACAUUCCAAUUACUGGUGGAAAUACAGCAAGGUAACAAAUACACACUAUUUAAGCCCUAUGGUUACA